AUGGUCAACAAGAAUUCCCAUCUCUUGCACAAUCUCACACUGGGCUACAACAUCCACGACAACUAUUUUAGCACUUUCCAAACUUCAGAUGCCUUGCUGGACAUGCUCUCCACUGGAGAAGCCAAUGUCCCCAACUACGGCUGUGGAAGGAAGGAGAACCUCCUGGCUCUUCUUGAUGCAGCUGACAGGGACAUCUCCAUCCAGGCGUCAACAUUAGGAGGCACCUACAAAGUCCCACAGGUCAGUCAUACAAUUGUUUCAGAGGCUCUGAGUGAUAAAAGGAAAUUCCCUUUUUUCCACCAAAUUCUCCCCAAAGAAGGGAUCCAGUACCCAGCAAUUGUCCAGCUGCUCCUCCAUUUCAGAUGGACCUUCAUUGGCCUCUUUGCUUCAGAUACAGGGAAGGGAGAGAAUUUCAUGAGGAUUUUUCCUCCUGUGCUUGUCAGGAAUGGAAUUUGUGUGGUUAUAUCACAACUGUUCUCAACAACUGGAUAUACAGCAUCCCUCAGGGAUUCCCUCUCUAAGUGGAGACAAGUCAACGUCUUUGUUCACUUCAGAGAACGUGUUUCCAUCUGGGAGAGAAUUCUUCCUUUCCAUUUAACAUUUAUGCAUCUGCCAGGACCCAUUGAAGGGAAAGUCUGGAUCCUCACAAGUUUUGUAGGGUAUACAAUGAAGAAUCAUAGACUUUUCAAAUACAUCCGUAGUAUUUUGAACUUUGGUUAUCUGCCAAAAGAAAGGCCAAUGGAUGAAGCCUUUGAACCCCAUUUCUUUGUGGAAAAAAAGUUUCAAGAUCCUUAUUUCCACUGUUCUCUUUCAAAGAACGUUUUUUCUGUCAAAGGCCGCAGAAGAUGCACCCAGAAAGCCCCACUGGAGACCCAGGAGAAAGAGAAAAGAAGACGGAUCGCAAACAACUAUCAAUAUUACAGUAUCAUUCAGACUCUGGCCCAGGCCUUGAAUGCCGCUUAUUCCUCCAGAUCGAGGAGGAGAAGGAAGGAGGGAGAAAAGACUUUGGGGUCUCCAAGGCUGCAGCCGUGGCAGUUUCAUCCCUUUCUGGAGAGGAAUGAAUUUUUCAAUAUUUCUCGAAGAAAACUGUACUUGGACCAAAAUGGAGAAAUAAAAGCAGAUCUGAGCAUUAAAAUCUUCUUGAUUCACCCCAAGGAGGAUGUAAGGAGAGAGAUUCUGGCGUAUUUUGAAAGACAGAGACUUUCUAUCAAACAAGAUGCUCUUUCACGGCUAAAGUUGCUCAAUAAGUCCCUGCCUCAGUCCAAAUGUGUGGAAAGUUGUCAUCCUGGAUUUGUCAAGAGGGCUCGAGAAGGAGAGCCAGUUUGCUGCUAUGACUGCGUUCCUUGUCCGGAGGGGACCUUCUCCACUCAGGAAGAUACAGAAAAAUGCACCAAAUGUCCAGAUGAUAAAUAUCCAAAUGAGGACAGAGUCCAAUGUAUCCCCAAAGUCAUAACCUUCCUGUCUUAUGAAGAACUUCUGGGCAUCAUCCUGGUCUCUUUUGCCCUAUUCUUGUUCCUAACCACAGGCCUUGUUUUAGUCACCUUCAUUCAAUACAGAGAAACUCCCCUUGUCAAAGCCAACAACCGGGACCUCUCCUACAUCCUCCUGGUCUCCCUCCUGCUUUGCUUCUUGUCUCCUUCUCUCUUCAUUGGUCAACCAAGGAAAGCCACCUGCCUUCUCCGACAAACGGUUUUCAGCAUCAUCUUCUCAGUGGCCGUUUCUUCUCUCUUGGCCAAAACCAUCACGGUGGUGCUGGCCUUCCUGGCCACAAAACCAGGAAACCGAGUGAAGAGAUGGUUGGGGAAGAGCUUGGCCAACUCCAUCAUCCUUUCUUCUUCUUCUGUCCAAAUUAUCAUCUGCUCCAUCUGGCUGGGAGUUUCUCCCCCCUUCCCUGACUCUGACCUCCACUCCCAGCCUGGAGAGAUCAUCCUGCAAUGCAACGAAGGGGCCGUUGUCAUGUUCUACGUCACCCUCAGCUACAUGGGCUUCCUGGCUGCCAUCUGCUUCACAGUGGCUUUCCUGGCCAGGAACCUGCCUGGGGCCUUCAACGAAGCCAAGCUGAUCACCUUCAGCAUGCUGGUCUUCUGCAGUGUCUGGGUGACUUUUGUGCCCACCUACCUGAGCACCAAAGGGAAAUCCAUGGUGGCUGUGCAGGUCUUCUCCAUCCUGGCCUCCAGUGCUGGUCUGCUGGGCUGCAUCUUCAUCCCCAAGUGCUACAUUAUCCUUCUGAGGCCAGACCUCAACACAAAGGAAUAUCUUGCAGCCAGAACAAAUGUAAAAACAUGA